AUGCUUAGUCACUUGUUUUUUGCUGAUGACUCAUUACUUUUUUGCCAAGCUACUGUUGAAUCUGCUCACCUCAUCUUAUCCAUGCUAGAGAAAUACAAGAGUUUUACAGGGCAACCAGUCAACAUGAUGAAGUCCUCAGUGUUCUUCAGCAAAAACACACCUGAUUCUGUUAAAAGAGACAUCUUCCACAUCCUCCAGGGCAUCACGGUGCAUCAAUCUUCAAGAUACCUUGGAUUGCCUUUGGGUAUUGGUAGAUCAAAAGGUGAAGUAUUCAGAUAUGUGAUUGAAGCUGCCAAAAACAAAUUGCUGAGCUGGAAAAACAAGUAUUUAUCAAGUGCUGGCAAGGAAAUCCUAAUGAAAUAUGUCCUAAAUGCCCUUCCAUUCUUCACAUUGUCAUGCUUUCUUCUGCCUCUGAAAAUCUGUAAGGAACUUGCACAGCUUUUUGCAAAUCUUUGGUGGAGCUCUGAUCCUGCUACUAACCAAGGCAUCCAUUGGAAAGCAUGGCACCUGCUCACACUUCCCAAAGCAGCUGGAGGAUUGAAUUUCCAUGAUCUCCAAGUUUUUAAUCAAUCUCUAAUCUUGAAACAGAUUUGGAGACUUGUAACUAAACUAGAGCUACUCAUGAGUAGGGUUCUCAGGCACAAAUACUUUCCAAAUGGUGAUUUUUUUGGAGCUAAGCCCAUCCAGAGCUCAUCAUGCUUAUGGAGGUCAUGGCUCAAGGUACAAAAACUUUUUCUCCAAGGGUUCAUGAUGCAGGUCAGAAAUGGCAGGAAAAUAAAGGUUUGGGAGCAUCCUUGGGUACCUAACCUUCCAAAUAAAAAGCCCUUAAGCAAGCAGCCCAAUGCCCCUAAUGUCACCUGGGUUUCUGAACUCAUUGCUGCAGAUGGUGUUUCUUGGAAUGAAGAUCUUCUCAAAAGCUGCUUCUCUAAAUCAGAAUGUGAUGCCAUAUUACAAAUCAAGACUCUCAGCACCCACCUUCAAGACAGAGCUAUUUGUUCUCAUGCUGCUGCUCUCAAGAGAAUGAGGAUCAGAAGCUGGAAAUUAAGAAUUAAGGGCAAAAUCAAGCAUUUUAUAGGAAGUGCUAUAAUGAUAUCCUGCCUGUUGCCACCAACCUUCAAAAAAGAGGAAGCUGAAACACUUGAUCAUGCUCUUUUCCAUUGUCAGAGAGCAGAGAGAAUAUGGAGGCUAUCCCCUGUUCAAUGGAAUGGACCAACUCAGUUUACCAGCAACUUCAGACAAUGGAAGACAGGAUCCAGCUUUCUACUUAUCUCCUAUGGCAACUAUGGAAAUAAAGAAAUCUUUGGGUCUUUGAAGGAAGCUUAUAGCUCUCCUCCGAUCCAUUUUGGAUUGUGGUCCAUUUGGAUCCCGUUGUACCAGUGA